GGUAAUUGGAGGCCUUCGAUUGGAGGCUGCUAAUUAGGUGAUGUAAUAAGGGGACCCUUCUCCCACCUGGGUCAGACCAUUGAUUGGGGGGCACAGUGAUCUACAGGGGACGCUGGGUACUGAGGGUGACAGUCUAUGUAUUUAUUGGAAUCAUCUUUGGACCCCAGUGGACAUAAUAACCCAGGUGUCAGCUCUGCAGCCAACAUGCCCAAACGACGAGCCAAGACUCCUGCACCAGAGCCAGACCUGACUCCCAACUCCCUGCAACUCCUGAAGCGAGCUCAGCUGCAACAGCACUGCAAACGGCUUGGACUGCGGGGGACAGGCAAGAAUGCAGAGCUGGUUCAGAGGCUACAGGAGUACUUCCAGCAAGCGGCAGCCAAUGAGCAGGAGGAUCCCACGACUCCCAGUCUGGAUGAGAAUGAGAAGGAAUCAGAAGUGACAGUAGGCCGAGGCUGGUGUGUGGUCCAUGGACAAGAGAUGACAGUUAGUAGCUGGAAGCCAUUAUUUCUCCGCUGUGGACGUGUGUGUGUGACGUGUGAGGGCUCGUGUGUCCCCUUACACCUGACUCCUUCCUCCUCUCCCACUCCCUGUGGCCUCCAGGACAAUCUCAUCUGUGACGAGUGUUUUGAGAGGAAUCAGGAGAGGGAAUGUCGUUUGCAGCAGAGGUCGGUCUUCCAAGAUAACUACCCCCCAAUGGGGCAAAUGAGAAAAUCUGUUAGCACAACUCGCACACGGAAAAAGUCUGGUCGCUUCCAGCCUCAAGAGGACCCUGAAUAUGCUCGUAGGGUGGAUGAGCUACUGGACCAGCUGGCCACCGGGCAAGUUGAUUCUCAGAAGAUCCUAAAGCCGAGCCGACCUGCAGUUCUGCACUCGCCCCUUCCAAAGCCGGAGAGCAGCCCAAUUGCCAUCAAUCAGUAACUGCACUCGCAGCCCCUCCACUAAACUCUGGGCCAAUGAGCAGCAUUUCCAGCUGUUGUGGAUUUUAAUAUUGUGUUUUACACAGGUGAAUAAAUGGAUGUUUUUUUAUGGGUU